AUGUCUGCAUACGGGUCGCUAGUAGUUGGCUGGAGACUGGAGGGUCGUCAUGUUUUGGUUAUUGGUGGCAAUCAAAUAGCAGCAAAUCGCAUAGAAUUUGCUUUAGACGCUAGGCCAAUAUCGGUUACUCUUAUCUAUCCGCGCAGCCAGAUAUCAUGUCAACGGAUACUGGAACUCGUUGUCAACAACACCAUCACCUACCAUGACAAAAAAUUCAAUAAAAGUGACUUGGAAUCAAAGAGAUUCGAUUUAAUUUUGACGGCACUUGACGAUGCGGACUUGUCAAAAGAGAUUGCAUCAGUUUCGCGUGAUUAUCGCAUUCCAAUUAAUGUAGCGGAGAUACCAUCCUUAUGCGAUUUUCUAUUUAUGCCAACAUUUAGAAACGGACAUCUACAAGUAGCAAUAUCAACGGCAAUCUCAUCCACAACGCAACACAUUGCUCAUAAACUACGACAACACGUGAUCGAAAGUUUGCCCGACGACAAAGAAGUAGUGGCGGCCGUUAACAACGUAGCUACAAUAAAAGACGCUCUAGGGGCGACGUAUGCCGUUGCAUUAAGCAAGAUAACUUCAUCUUUACAGCUCACCAAACUCGCCAAGUUGUCAGAAGAUGAUAUCAGACGACUGAUUGCCGAGUAUAUCGUAUCGGGAGUAUCAGAUGAGGAUGAAGCAGACAAGGUGUCCAACAGCAGCAAUGAUGAGAAAAAGUCUGAUGUGACCGUAAUCGACGAGCAUGUUGAUAAUCAAAUAACGCUCAAGUCACGUAUUAACGAUAUUUUAUUUAAUCCAAACGGAAGUCUCUUGGCUAGUGGCGGAGUACACUUUAUAGAUGGAAAGACAUCAACAGCGUAUAUCGCUUAUGCUAUGAGUAAUACACUGUUUGUAUAUCCAGCUACGAGGACUAAUUACAAUGGGCGAGUCGCAGAAGAUUGGUCAUCAAAGAGUCUGCCUAAUGCGUUCGGACGUCAGAGUCAAGUGGUUAGGAUGGAGACUAGAUCGGGAGCAGCAUUAGCGAUAACCGGUGCGGCGUCAACAUCGACAGAUGGAGGCAUAUCAGCGCUAGCCACCUCUCAAUCGAUCGUAGCAAUGAUACCUAACCUAUAUGCAUUAGUAUACGAAAACGUGCCAUUGGUUCUUCACGUUGCUGCUUAUGCAUAUGAUGACGAGAUGAAUAUUAUUGCCGAUUAUUCCGACGUACUACUUGCAUGUGAGACAGGAGCUGCCAUCCUCUUCUCGUUCUCGGCACAGGAAACUCACGACAUGGCACUAAUAUCUCAUUUGGCUGCGACUGUAUCUAAAACACCAUUCGUACAUGUGUUUGAUGGUGUGAGAACGGCUCAUCGGUUCACCAAGACUCAAUUGAUUUCACACAAGGAUAUAGCCAAGUUAUUAAAUGAUGUUGGAAGAAAAGUAUCAUCUAGUGGCUCAAUAUCUACUGUGAAGGCAAUUGAAACUGUCAUUGGUGCAGUUGGAAAAGCGACCGGUAAAACAUACAAAUUGUUCGAAUAUUAUGGGGCCGAUGACGCAGAGGUUGUAAUAAUAGUUACUGGUGGAGAAAAUGAUAUAAUCAGAGACGUAAUGAGCCAAUUCAAAGGAUCCGGUGACAAAGUUGGAGCUGUGCUUGUGCGUGUCUAUAGACCGUGGUCAGAAAAGCAUUUCUUUGAAGUAUUACCAACUACUGCAAAAUGUAUUAUAGUUUUGGAACAAGCAUCCAAUAUUGAUGAAAAAUUGGGCUCAUCACUAUUCACCGAUGUAGUAUCAUCAGUUCGUUCUACCAAAUGGAAAGGAACACAACCUUCAAUAAUCAAUACGAGAUAUUCGCCAUCAUUAAUCUUUACCCAGCAAGCGGUCAGACACAUACUCAAACAGUACAAGUCAGGCGAGAAGAUUAGCACUGAAAAUAUCUCGGAACCAUCAGCACCCGACAUGACUCCAUCCAAACCCGAGUCUGAUACGAAACACUGUAUAUUUUGGGAUGCUGAGAGCACCGAUACUGUUCAAGUCGCAAACCACCUUAGCAGUAUAUUAUCUACAUCGGCUCAGCUGAAUGUCCUAAGUUACUCCAACUACGAUAUUUAUAACAAUGGUGGCGUUGUCGAAUCACACUUGUAUUUUGGAGCGAGCAAAGUCCUCGAUGACAACAAAGCAGAUUAUAUCACAAUACACGAUACUUCACUCAUUAGUAAAUACGACAUUCUCGGUGCAGCAAAGGCACGGUCGAUUGUCUUGUUGAAUACCAAUUGGCCGGUUGAUGAACUAGACACUAAAUUGGCUAACGACUUUAAACUGCGAGCAGCACAGAAAGAAAUUCAAUUGUAUGUUAUUGACGCCGAAAAGAUUGCUCAGGAAUUAUCUCUAUACCCGAAUGCAACUAAUAUUGUCCUACAAUCUGCCUUGCUGAGCUUAUAUAAACACGAAUUAUUAAAUAGUAAUAUUAAACACGUAAUCGCGUCGUUGUACGAAGGCAACAACGAGAAGGAAGUUGCUCGCAUAAUACAAUCAGUUAUCGACAGCACUAAAGCAUCACUCACGCGGGUAGACGUACUUCCGACAUGGUUAAUAUUGGAGGAAAGUGGCCAAGCACUUCCAUCUACAGUCGUUAAGAAUUCAUUUGACCGUAAUUUAGAUCAACCAGAAACACCAAAACCACAAUCAUACACAUGGCAUACAGCCGCAAAGCUUCUAUUAUUCAAAGAGGCAUAUAAUACAACACAAAAGAUACGCCCCGAUCUACCAGAGAAGACUUUCACUGUUAAAGUCAUGGAGAACCGAAGACUAACUCCAGCAAGUUACGAGCGCUAUCUAUUCCAUAUAGAAUUCGACACUACUGGAACGGAUCUCAAGUACGAUUUGGGUGAAGCUCUCGGAGUAUAUGGUCAUAAUGACACUGACGAAGUCAAUCAGUUCCUAGCAUUCUAUGGAUUAGAUCCAGACAGAGUAGUGUCAAUACCAGACAAGGACGGAACACAUUAUGAAUCAAGGACGACAUUCCAAAUAUUUUCCCAGAUUCUAGACAUAUUCGGUCGACCGUCGAAGAAAUUCUAUGAAGCUCUUGCACAAUACGCAACAGAUGCAAACGAACGUAAACAGCUACUGUGGAUUUCCAACACCGAGGGCACAGUCGAAUUUAAACGUCGUGUUGAAGAUACGGUCACCUAUGCAGAUAUUUUGUACGAAUUCACAUCGGCCAAACCACCGCUAGAAGACUUGGUCCAAAUCGUAGCUCCAAUCAAACCACGUCAUUAUUCGAUAGCAUCAUCUCAGAGCGUGCACCCGACCGGUGUUCAUUUGUUGGUGGUCACUGUUGAUUGGAAAACAUCGACGGGCAGGAAACGAUACGGUCAAUGCACUCGAUAUCUGGCAGAUCUGAAAGUAGGUGAAAGUGUGACUGUUUCCAUUAAACCGUCUGUAAUGAAACUACCACCACGCGACGAGCAGCCGGUAAUAAUGGCGGGAUUGGGAACGGGCAUGGCCCCGUUUCGAGCAUUUAUCGAAGAGAGAGCGUAUAGGAAAUCAAAAGGAAUCAAGGUUGGGCCAAUGAUACUAUACUUUGGGUCUCGUCAUAGGUCAAUGGAGUAUCUGUAUGGCGAAGAGUUGGAAGCGUAUCAUCGAGAAGGAUUACUUACAUAUUUGAGGCUUGCAUUCUCCCGAGAUCAGGCGCACAAAAUAUAUAUUCAACAUAAAAUGCAAGAUGAUGCAGAGCUGUUGCAUGAUUUCUUGAUGAAGGAUGAGGGUUGGUUCUAUCUUUGUGGACCUACUUGGCCCGUACCUGAUGUGCGUGAUGCUAUCGUGAACAGUUUUGUCUCUUCAGGUGGAAUGACGACUGGUGAGGCUGCUGAUUGGGUUAACAAGUUAAAGGAUUUGGAGCGAUACAUCUUAGAAGUUUAUUAA